AAGCUCAUGGCGAGCAUUUCUGCUGAGUGACAGAUCUGGCGUAGAGAGCGCCCUGAUUGCACUGCUGCGGGCAGCGAGGUGCCACACACAGCCACACGGCAUCGCAAGAUGGCGUCUGAAGUUCGGCAACGGACCGCGGCGCUGCGGCCGACUGCCGCAGCCAAGAGUGUCCUCAAGAUGACGGCUGCCGCUCUCGUGUGCUGCCUGGGAUGCCUCUCGACAAUUGCCGUGGCGCAAAACAGCGCGGUGACUUCAGAGAAGCGCCGUGCCCUCUCAGUGCAGCGAUGUGUGUGUGUCUUGUGUGUGUGUGCAGGGUGCGCAGAAGCUGCUGACAUUGGCGCAGGUGGCCAGGGAGUCGCCCGACUACAUCGUCCACCUCAACAACACCGGAUAUAAGUAACCCACAGACAGGCAGACAGACAGGCAGACACAAGAAUGGACACGCCUGAUGACGUCUGUAUACGUGUGUGUGUGUGUGUGUGCGUCAGGGAGUUUGCGAUAAGGGCGCCUCGGCCGUACUAUUUGGUUAUCCUCUACACUGCCGACCCGCAGUACUGCGAAAUCUGCGGGUGGGUGUCUGUCCGUCGCACAUCAGACACACCGACGCACACCGCCAACGAACUCCCUCGGUGUGUGUGUGCAGUAAGAUGGCGCCGUUCUACCAGCAGGUGGCCCUCUCCUACCACCUUGCCGGCGCCCACCGCCACACCGACCAGCACCUGCCCGUCCUCUUCGCCACGGUCGAGGCCAGCAGAAACGACAAAGUCUUCCAACUGGUCAGCCACAUACACACACACACACACAGCCAGCGACGGCCUGCACACACACGUGUGUGUGUGUGUGUGUGUGUGUGUGGGCGGUGCAGCACGGCCUCAAGACGGCGCCCCACGUGUUGGUGACCGACUCGCGGUCCUUCAAGAAGGCCGGCAAGGGCGGGGUGGUGGCCUUCAAGAAGGGCGACCAGUACAAGAUCGAUCAGUCGUCCUUCGCCGACGCAUCCUCACUGCUCACCUUCGUCAACCAAAAGACCGGCAGAGCGGUCCGCAGCGACGGAUGGCUCGCACACUCCCUGACUGACACACUGAGUGUGUGUGCGUGUUUGUUUUUAGAUUGAGAUGCACUACAGUUUUCAGGAGCGGAUGACUCGCAUCGUCACCCUCCUCUUCGUCCUGGCGUGUGGGCUCGGGUUUCUAUGCGCUGCCUGGUGGGCCGUUCUUCGCUUCCCAAUACUCAUCCCCAUCGGGGCAAUGGUCAGACUCACAGACACAGACAGACAGACAGACAGCCAAAGAGCAGCAGCCGUGUGUGUGUGUGUGUGUGUGUGCAGUUGGUUCAGUACGUGUCGACGAGUGGGAUCUUCUACAACAUCCACCACGGCAUGCAGCUCUUCGGCUAUGACGGCAAGAAAGUCGUACACAUCGCCAGAAAUGUACACAGACAGACACACAGACAGACACACAGACAGACAGACAGACAGAGAGAGAGGCCGUGUUGGGCCACACACGUGUCUGUGUGUGUUUGUGUGUGGGUGGCUGGUGCAGACGCGCAUGCAGUACUUGGGCGAAGGCCUGAUGAUGAGCGGCUGCAGUAAGCACACACACACUCGUGGAUGGCCGAGAGUUGAGGACGUGUGUGUGUGUGUGUGGUCAGUUGUGGCGGCGGCGUUGGCUCUCUAUAUGUCGGCCUACCUGCCCAAGUUCGACACUCUGCGAAAGUACGACAGAGAGGAAACCGCCGGGGGCGUCGCACUCUCUCACCGUCUUGGAGGCUAUACCAUUGCUAUCGCGCUCUCUUUCUCUCUGUCUGUCUGUCUGUGUGUGCCAUGUCUUCAGGAAGAAUCUGACGAAUGCCAUGGCGAUUUUCUUUUUCUGCGUCUUCGUCGGCUUCACUUACAUUGUGCGUGAGAUCCGAUCCGCCCCCACACAAACACACAGGCCAACACACACACACGCCACGCUGCGCUGUGUGUGCGUUGUAUAGGUGUUGAAUGUGUACGAGAUGAAGACCGGUUGGUACCACCCAACGUUCUUCCCGCCGCAAGACUACAUGAGGGGACCCCUCAGGGCCGACCAGGGCAACGCAUUCUGACUGACUGAUAAUGCGGGGACCCACUCCCUCCC